GCGCUCAUUUACUUGAGGGGUGUGUGGUUAGGGUUUGGGCUUCCUUUUCUAGGGUUUCCGAGGCGCAGCAGCAGCAACAGCAACAGCAGCCAUGGUUCUCAAAACUGAACUCUGCCGAUUCAGUGGUGCCAAGAUAUACCCUGGGAAAGGAAUCAGAUUUGUUCGUUCAGAUUCUCAGGUGUUUCUAUUUGCCAAUUCAAAAUGCAAGAGGUACUUCCACAACCGGCUGAAGCCAUCAAAGCUUACCUGGACAGCCAUGUACAGGAAGCAACAUAAGAAGGAUAUUGCUCAAGAGGCUGUAAAGAAGAGGCGUCGUGCCACCAAAAAGCCCUACUCUAGGUCCAUUGUGGGUGCUACAUUGGAGGUUAUCCAGAAGAGAAGAACUGAGAAAGCAGAAGUCAGAGAUGCUGCCAGGGAGGCUGCUCUUCGUGAAAUUAAGGAAAGAAUCAAGAAGACCAAGGAUGAAAAGAAGGCAAAGAAGGCAGAAGUGAUGGCUAAGGUGCAGAAGACGCAGGGCAAGGGUAACGUUCCCAAGGGUGCUGCUGCUCCAAAGGGCCCUAAAAUUGGAGGUGGUGGUGGUAAGCGCUGAUUUGGGGCUUGUUUGGUGCAGUGAGAGUGAGAUCGGUAGGUUGGAAGAAGUUUUAAUUUAAAGUUUUGUUGUAAGGAUUGCUUGGCCUGGUUAGCCAGACUGUUAUUCGCAUCCCCUUUUCUAUAUUUAGCACUGUCGACUGAAGUUGAGCACGAUUAUAUAGCUAAAUGGAUUUUUAUUUCGUUUUCA